UCUCUUCUAAAACCUUAUACAAGAUGUGUACGAUGUCGGAGCAUGAAAGUGAAGUGCUCGGGAUCGGACCCCUGCACCAGAUGUGCUCGCAAGAAGCAACGCUGCCAAUUCCCUCCUGAGGAUGUGCGGGUCUCGGUAUCGGAGCGCUAUCUACGUCAGCUUGAGGAACAUCUAAAUCAAGACAACGGUUUGCGUCGUACAAGUGCCUCGCGAGAUGAACCUUUUGGUGAAUCCUCAUAUGUCGGGCAUGAUAUUAAUCAGGCAACACCAAAUGCAGCGCCAUAUCUUUUGGAUGAUCAAUCGGAAGCCCAAUUGGGAGAUAUAAGCAACGGGAUAGGUUCAUCUUUUCAUCUCCCAGAAACUCCACGUCAACAGCGAGAGCGUUCUGGGAGCGAUCCCGAUAUUGAAGAUGGACGCCGGUCACGAUUCUCUAGAAAUCCUCUUGUGGAUAGAGAUCCGUCCUUUGCGAAGACACCGGAUGGUCGCUUCUGGUACAUGGGCCCGACAUCAUCAUGGUCCUUUUGUCGUCGUGUCCUUGCCUUGAUAGGAAGAAGAAUACCCGAGUCUAACUGUCCACCGGACCCGUGGCACUUAGAUGGAAUGGCAUUCAAGCUCCAAUGGAAACCAGCGCACACCGACGAAGUUCCUGAUGUGACCAACUUGCCACCAUUGGACUAUGCAUUGUUUCUUUUCAACACUGUCAAGUUCUACUUUGGCUUUCUUUCAUUCAUGAUUGAUGAGGAUGCUUAUCUUCGGAAUCUACAUGGAUUUUACAGGAACCCUGCAGCGAAAGCGGCGACUUCACGGUAUUGGUACGCCCAAUACCUUCUUGUUCUCGCCUUUGGAAAGGCUUUCCUCACUCAGAAGAACACAUCUGGGGCUCCACCGGGUCACCAGUAUGCGUCAAGGGCAAUGGCUCUUCUACCGGACUUGUCGGGUAUGCACGAAGACCCAUUAACCUGUAUCCAGGCGUUGAGCCUGGGAGCUGUCUAUCUCCAAUCCAUUGAUAUGAGACGGGCUGCUUUCCAGCAUAUUGGACAAGCUCUGCGCGGUUGUAUAAUAGAAGGUAUCCAUCGGCAUGUCCCAGAAGAAUUGGGCGGACCGGAACUCUCACGUCGCUGCAGAACCAUAUUUUGGGUGGUGUACAUGUUAGACCGGGAGUUUUCUGCUCUUAUUGGUGCACCGAGCUCGAUUAGAGAUGAAGACAUUACAGUCAGAUUACCAGCAGAUGUCGAAUGUUCAGUUGAGCAUAUUAACUUGACAUUGCACGUCCGUCUAUCGCGUUUAAUGGCCCAAAUCUUGACAAAUGUCUACGGAGUUGGCGACGAGUUCAACGGUUCGCUUGUCAGAAACAUGCAGUCUAUCCUUCAUAGCAUGGCGGAGCUAUCCCACGAUCUGACUGCUUUUUUGAAUACACACUUCCACGGGCUGAUUAGUCGAGCAUCGAAGAUGGCGAUUCGACUGAUGCUGGCCCAUCACCAUUGUGUGGUUCUGACAACAAGACCUCUUGUGAUGUGCGCUCUCCAUAUGCACAUUGAACGUACCGAGAGACGCACGUCCCAAACAAUAUCACUUUCGCCACCCGUCGCUUCGCUCUUACAAUGUUGCGCCGAUUCCGCCCAGACUAUUCUCCAAACACUCCAAAUAUUGGCCGAUGACGAUCUCAUAGAUGCGUUCCUACCUUUCCAGAUCGAAGAUGCAUCAUCAUCUGCCUUCGUCCUCUACUUGCUUCGCGCAAUCUCCCCUGAGCUAAUCCAUAGUAACACCUGGUGUGACAACCUCAACAGUGUGCUAGACAAGCUUAUCUCAAAGGGUAAUCUGGCGGCACCACUCCGAAAGCAGGAGCUUAAGCAGUUAGAACAAAUCUUGGCUCCUUUGACUCCUAAUCUCUCAACAAUCUCUUUGCCUCCAGUUAAUUUCAAUGGAGCUUCAGAUGAGGGCGAGGGAGUCUAUGAUUUGGACCAUGUUGGGGUCGGCGAGGAAUUUGAGUGGGACUUGUUGGGUCUAAAUUCCUCAGUUAGCCUUCCGCCUAGGGAGUUGCUUGAUCUUGCGGAUCAGCUAGACGUGGAAAGUAUUAUGCAAUCUGCCGGUUGUGUCAGUUGA